GCAGAGGUGCAAUCUAACAUUCCUGAACGAACCUAAGGCACCUUUUAUCUUUCUUGGAUCUUUCCACCAUGAGCGCAAAAGUGUUCCUCCCUCUCCUGGUCUGUGUUCUCAUGGGAGGCCUCGGGGCACUGGCUCAGGAUGGCAGGAUCAAACUCUGUGGGCGCGAGUUUGUCCGCAUGGUCAUUUCAUCAUGUGGAAGCUCGCGACUAAGGCGCCACGCUCCCGAAAUUGACCAGCCCCACUGGGACUUCUACAGCGACCUCCUAGACCGAAUGAGCAGUGACCAGCUCCUUACCUCUAGCAACGAGGAGGUUCAGAAGCAGCAGCAGCAGCAGCAGCAGGAGGGGACGCUCGGGCUGACAGCUCAUGGCUCACCAGUACGGGACUCUGGGUCUCCAGAGGGCCAUAGUGCAUCCCAUCGCAUCCGCCGCGACACGGGGCCUGCAGGACUGUGCUGCCGCUCUGGCUGCACCAUCAGUGAGCUAGUGCAGUUCUGUUGACAUCCUCUGAUCUGCAUUACAGUGUGUGUACACUCAGUCUGAGUGUUAUAUUUAAUUCUGCUAUUCUUAAUUUAAGUAUUUAUUGCUGGCUUGAAGAUUAUGUAUUAUUUCCUAUCUAAGAUCUCAACACUGUAGCUUGAAUGUUAUUUCUAUUUUUUGUAAGUCCCUUUGGAUAAAGGUGCCCGCUAAAUGAAUGAAUAUAAAUUUAAAUUAUGUCAUGUUUUUGACAUAUUUUUCACUGUUAUAUGUUUUCUUCCAACUGAAUUGAAACCAGUGUGUCACUGAGUAGAGUAAUUUAUUCAUAUAUUUACAGUUUGGGGUUUCUUUGCGCAAACA